AUGACCGCCCACACAAAUGCCCGUGUCGGUGUCGCCGUCUUUAUCUUCAACGGUCACAACGAAUUUAUCAUCGGUCAGAGAAAAGGCAGUCACGGUGCUGGAACCUGGGCCCUUCCAGGCGGACAUCUCGAACUCAACGAGUCAUUCGAGACAUGCACAGAGCGCGAAAUCCUUGAAGAGACGAACCUCAAGGUCCAAGACAUCCGUUUCUUGACUGUCACUAACGAUAUCAUGAAAGAUGAGGGAAAGCACUACAUUACUGUGGUAAUGGGGUGUAAGCUUUGUGAUGUGGAUGCGCAACCUGAGCUCAUGGAACCCAACAAAUGCAGCGGCUGGGAAUGGACAACCUGGGAACAGCUUCGAAUGGAUUAUUAUGCUGGUAAAGGUCAUCCUUGGUUUGAAAGGGUUUCUCGGAAGUUAACCCCAGCAGCUGCCUACGAUGAGGCUGUCUUUUCUGAAAAGGAAGAGAUUAUUCCUGAGAGUGAUUCGAUGGAGGUGGAUGAAAGUACAGAGAGUAUCAAUCCUCCCACUCGAAAGCUGUUUCUUCCUCUGGUGAAUCUGUUUGAACAGAGGGGUGGCUUUGAUCCUGUCGCGGAUUAUUGGAUUGCAGAUUAG